CGUCAACGGGAGCCGUCGGGGCGAUUUUCAGCCUGACCGAAAUCGGAGGGCGGUUCCUCAUGGAGCGCUGCCUCACUCUGAUUGGACAGGAACGUAAAUCGCAGCUGAAACCACCAAAAACCACCAAGACCCCAACCCCUUAUGGACAGACCACCCAACAGUGGAAUCAUCAGCUGUUUGUCUUUGAAUGGACUUCCUCUUACUUGGACUUAAUGGAAACUCCGCCCUCGCUGUGGGAUCAGUCUGAGACGGAACUGGCGUAGGAUGGGGGCGGGGCUUAGUAUGUCAUAUCAGCAUGAACUCUAACCAGUGCGUCGCUGUUUGUUCGAGAUUCUGCUAAUUCUGCGGUCGUUCCGUUGAUUCACGUUAAAACAGGACGAUGUUUUCUCUGAAAACAAACGAUUAUUGAUCUUUGAAAACUGGCGUGUGUGACCUUUGACCUCCAGACUCUGAAUCAAAGUCAGGGGGAUUUUUGUCUCCGGUGUCACCGGAUCAGAACGGGACUCAAGUCCAAGUCUUUCAGAGACCGGCUCCAUAUCAAUCAGGAGGACUUCAUUUCUUAUGUAUUGAAUGUAAAUAAAAGUUAUUGAUCAAGUAUUCAUUGAUUGAAAUCAUGUUUUCGCAGUGACACACUUCCUGUUUCGUACGUCCAAGGAAAGCCGCUGUGCAUGAAACAGCAUGAAGACGUGGUCUCCUCAUGCAGGAUCCCUCAUCCUGAACUGGACUCCAUGGUGGUUUACAAAAGUCCAGACGCCCCCAAACACAUCAGCCUGGUCCGCAACGGUCAGGUGAGACACACCUGUCUGCUCCAAUCAGAUCUCUUAAAGCUCGAGGUUAUCGACAGACUGAGAACGAGACAUGAGACAGAAUGAGACAGAGACAGAGACAUGAGACAUGAGACAUGAGACAGAGACUGAGAGACAGAGACAUGAGACAUGAGACAUGAGACAGAGACUGAGACAUGAGACAUGAGACAUGAGACAUGAGACAGAGACUGAGAGACAGAGACAUGAGACAUGAGACAGAAUGAGACAGAGACUGAGAGACAGAGACAUGAGACAGAGACUGAGAGACAGAGACAUGAGACAUGAGACAUGAGACAUGAGACUGAGAGACAGAGACAGAGACAUGAGACAGAAUGAGACAGAGACAGAGACAUGAGACAUGAGACAUGAGACAUGAGACAUGAGACAGAGACAUGAGACAUGAGACAUGAGACAGAGACUGAGAGACAGAGACAUGAGACAGAGACUGAGAGACAGAGACAUGAGACAUGAGACAUGAGAACAUAAAACUGAGACAGAGACUGAGAGACAGAGACAGAGACAGAGAAGAGUCAGUGAGACUCAAACUCAGCCGGUUUGAUCAGGUUUAGUCUUUAAAAUGAACCCUGACCAGGAAAUAGUCGGUUCCCUACAGCUGAGUUUGAUUGCAGUUUAAGGACUGUCAGUGAGACGACUCAAACCGUGUGUGUGUGUGUGUGUGUGUGUGUGUGUAUUUCUCUGUGUGUGUGUGUGUGUAUUUCUCUGUGUGUGUGUGUGUGUGUGUGUGUAUGUCUCUGUGUGUGUGUGUGUGUGUGUGUGUGUGUAGUUCUUUAAGGUGGAUGUGUACCACGCUGACGGCUCUCUGCUCAGUAAAGAGGAUCUCUGCGUUCAGCUGCAGAGGAUCUUCGACGCCGCUCUUGAGCCCGAUCAGGAACCUGUCGGCAUCAUGACGUCUCAACGCCGAGACAUCUGGGGCCGAGUUUACGAGGAACUCAUCAGAGGUGAGGAAGAACGAUGGCGGCAGCCAAACACGUCUGCUGAGGGUCAAAAAUAAUAACAAAAAAACCGUUUUGUUUAUUUUCUGUAAAAUGAUGAUUAUUGGUGUUUUUGCUGACAGAUCAUUUGAUUGGCUGAUGUUUUUACUGUUACUUUGAUUUUAACGUUUUUUUAUGUUAAAAGGUUUUAACGUAAAAAGAGUUUUAUUUUUUGAGAAUUCAAACUUUAUACCUGCUGGUCGAACAUGUUCUGAUCAUCUUGACUCGCCUGUUUUUAGAUGAAACAAACAAACAGUCGUUGCACGACAUUCAGAGCAGCAUCUGCACCAUCUGUCUGGACGGACCGACGGCUCCUCUGGACGGAAUCAGUGAUCGCUGCAAAUUGAUGAGCUACAUGAUGCACGGAGAUGGACACCGCUGGAAUACCGCCAACCGCUGGUUCGACAAGGGACUGCAGGUCAGACAGAACAAAUACAAAAACAUGCCUUUCAAUAAGUCAACCAACCAAUCAAUACAUCCCUAUCAAUCAACCAAUGAUCUAUUAGGAUGGACUGAGACUAACAACAUGAAUAAAUGUGGGCUGGAAUCAAACCAGUGUCCUCCUGGUUAAACUGGGAGUCUCUGUCCUUCCUGUAAAAUCAUGUUGACUCAAGUUUCUUAAACUUCACAAACAUCAUUUUUGGUUUAUUUUUAUUUAAUAUUUAAUUUUUACAGUUCAUCGUCGGAGCGGACGGGACAUGUGCGAUUAAUCUUUCUCAUACAGUGGCGGACGGGAUUGUUGCCUUGGACAUGAUCGAUGUGAUGUCUGAACACAUGUAAGAGACCGAAACACAAAACAGACCGAUAAACGUUUAUUUCAGGGUCGUCUUAAAUAAUUAAACAUAAAAAGGUGAAAGAAAGAGUCUGAGGAACAAAAGUGAGAAUUAAAACUCAUUAAAAUAAUAUUCAAGUAAACGAGAAAAGUCUCACAAACACCGAGUGAAAAAAACAUUUACUGUGGGUCUAUGACAGUCUACAUCUACAACAGUCUACAUCUACAACAGUCUUAGUCUACAACAGUCUUAGUCUAUAACAGUCUGUAACAGUCUACAUCUACAACAGUCUGUAACAGUCUACAUCUACAACAGUCUUAGUCUACAACAGUCUACAUCUACAACAGUCUACAUCUACAACAGUCUACAUCUACAACAGUCUUAGUCUAUAACAGUCUGUAACAGUCUAAGUCUAUAACAGUCUACAUCUAUAACAGUCUUAGUCUAUAACAGUCUAAGUCUAUAACAGUCUACAUCUAUAACAGUCUUAGUCUAUAACAGUCUAAGUCUAUAACAGUCUAUAACAGUUUCAGUCUAUAACAGUCUACAUCUAUAAGAGUUUCAGUCUAGAACAGUCUACAUCUAUAAGAGUUUCAGUCUAUAACAGUCUACAUCUAUAAGAGUUUCAGUCUAGAACAGUCUACAGUGCAUCCAGAAAGUUCUAAAAACAGUUUUUCAUUUUGUCAUUAUGGAGAAUUUUGUGUCGAAUUUUUGAGGGAAAAAGGAAAUUUAAUCCAUUUAGGAAAAAUUGAAGUGGUAUAAAUACUUUCUGGACACACUGUUUAACAGUCUGAGUGUAUCACAGUCUAUAUUUAUAUAUUUAUAUUAUAUAUAAUUAUAUUUUUGUGUUUAUCUUGAAUAUCUUCUCACUCUAAAUGUUUCAGUCUAUUAACUAAAGAACUGAAUAUUCGGUUUUAAUCGUUUGUGUCUGAUUUUCUUUUUUCUUUUGUCUGAAGGAAAAAAGAAAAAUUACCGUCGUCUCCAGUCGAGGAUUUAGUUCUUCCCCAGAAACUUGAGUUCCGCCUCACCCCUGAGCUGAAGGGGGACAUUGAGGAGGCCAAACAACACGCAGAUAUGUGAGUUUGUCUUUACUGCAGCGAGUGAAGCUCCUCUUUGUUUUUUCACACGUUUCAACGAUGAAAAUGAAUCAAAGUUUAUUUUUUUAUUUCACUCUUUAACAAACAUAAUCUCAGAAUGUCGCUCAUGAAUCUUUCUUCAAGUUCAGAUUUACGUGGUGAAUGAAUCUGACUGCAGAUCUCUGUUUUCUCGACGUCAGGCUGGUUAAAGGUCUGGAUCUGAAGGACAGUGUUUUCGGGCACUUUGGGAAAAACCUCCUCAAGUCUUUGAAGAUCAGUCCUGAUGGUUUCGUGCAGAUGGCGAUACAGCUGGCCUACUUCAGGUAAGCUGAGUGUCUUUGUGAUCAUUGUUGGUUAUUUUUUAUGAGUGUCACUUAAAGGGAUCUGAGGAAGUUCGGUAAGAACGUUUGUUAAGAUUCUUCUGUUUUUAUUCAGGACUCACCAGAAGAUCCCAAACGCGAUGGAGCCUGUAACUCAAAGGAUCUUCAGAGGAGGGCGUUUAGGAGUCAUCAGCGCCACCUCGAGUGCAUCUGCCGCCUUCGUUAAAGCUUUUGACAACCCUGAAGUCCAGGUGUGACUCGAGACGUUUAUCAAACAUGUUCUGAUGACAGAUAUUGAUCCCAGCCUCAUAAAUCCUUAGAAUGAUGGUCCUCGGUAAAAACUAACCCUUUUUCUCUGUAGACUUUGAUCAAAUUCAUCGUUAUUAAAAAGUGCCUCCUAUCGAUCUUGACAAAUAUGUAAAUAUCCUGUUUUAUUGAUCUUUUCUCAAACCCUGUCGGCUCAUUAACAUCGAUCCCUUCACUCCAAAAUAAAGUCUGAAUUCAUUUUAUUUUGUAAACGUUAAAAAGUUUGACCCUAAAAAGAUCGAACCGAACCGUUCUGAUAAAAACGUCUCGGGGGACCUGAGCGUUGGCGAUGACCUCGGUGAUGGUCAUUCUGAUUCGCCACGCUCACGUCCAAAUUUCAUUAAACUGACCCCAAAAUCUUAAAGUAUAAACUGGACUCAGAAAACAUCAGACUGUUAUAAUGAUGACUUUAUUAGAUCAAUGUGAUUGAUCUGUAAUAGAAAUGAUCAAAUUUGAAGUAAAAGACGUUUUUCUCUCCGGGGUCAUUUUUCUGAGUCUUUUUUCAUCUCAGAGGAUUUCUUUGAAAGAGCCUCUAAAUUUAAACAAUCUUUGAUUGAUUGAUUUAUUGAUCACAAUGAUAAAGUCUGUAAAUGUAAUUACGAUAAAUCUCAAUUUCAUUUUGUUCCAACAGAACUCCGAAAAAAUGGAUCUGCUGCGGAGAGCUCUGAAACAAGUUUACACCGACGUUAUCAGUGUGAGUACCGAGAGUAAAGUUCUGAGGAGGAACUAAGAACAGGUCCAAAGUUCUGAUAGAGGAACUAAGAACAGGUCCAAAGUUCUGAGGAGGAACUAGAACAGGUCAAAGUUCUGAUAGAGGAACUAAGAACAGGUCCAAAGUUCUGAGGAGGAACUAAGAACAGGUCAAAGUUCUGAGGAGGAACUAAGAACAGGUCCAAAGUUCUGAUAGAGGAACUAAGAACAGGUCCAAAGUUCUGAUAGAGGAACUAAGAACAGGUCCAAAGUUCUGAUAGAGGAACUAAGAACAGGUCCAAAGUUCUGAAGAGGAACUAAGAACAGGUCCAAAGUUCUGAGAGAACUAAGAACAGGUCCAAGUUCUGAUAGAGAACUAAGAACAGGUCCAAAGUUCUGAUAGAGGAACUAAGAACAGGUCCAAAGUUCUGAUAGAGGAACUAAGAACAGGUCCAAAGUUCUGAGGAGGAACUAAGAACAGGUCCAAAGUUCUGAUAGAGGAACUAAGAACAGGUCCAAAGUUCUGAGGAGGAACUAAGAACAGGUCCAAAGUUCUGAUAGAGGAACUAAGAACAGGUCCAAAGUUCUGAUAGAGGAACUAAGAACAGGUCCCCCCCCCCCCCAGGCAGCCAAUCAGAGCGUCAGAUUGUCCCUCAUAGAUUCCUUAAAGGCUGAAUUCUGAGAGUGAAAACGAGCUGAACGGAUGAUUUUUGAUUCUUCCUUUAGAGUCUCGGCGGACAGGUCGUAGACGGACACCUGAUUGGACUGGAGAUGGAGGCGGUCAGGGAGAAUAUUCCAACUCCUCAAGUCUUCACAGACGAUUCGUAUGAAAGAGCGUUCACCUUUCAGAUCAUAGCUGGUCAGGUAAAGACAACAACAAUGUGUAGUUCUCAAGUCUGAACAUGAAAUGGGGUCAAAAGGUGUCAAAGUCGUGACUGGAGGACCAGACCUGGACCUGGUCUCCUGUUCCUGGUACUCAGAGCCUCUGCAGACUCAAACUCCUUAUUUAAUGUUCGUUCAUCUGCUGAAUAAAUGAGAUUAGGGUUCGAAUAUCAUGAACAAACAGUUCACAGUUCACUUUUGCUCAUAUUAAAGACUGAAUCUAAGUUAUUGAUCGUUUCUGUCUGAUCGCAGUAGCUGAUUGAUUGGGAUGCUGCUGAUGUUUAAGGUCAUUGUUGAGGAAACGUUUUUACACGUUCAGCUUUAUGAUUGGAGGAGAAAGUUCACCUGAGCUGACGAGUCUGAAAACAGAUAAUGAAGCUUUUUCUCAGUCUUACAAUCAUGAUUUCCUCUUUUCUUACUUUGAAGGUAACGACCAGGAACGGGAUUAUUUCAUGUUCAUCUCCUGAAGAUGUGGGACUCUACGAUGUAAACUACGGCAUCUUUAAUGAUCACAUCGAGAUUUUAGUGUCCUGUUUUGAUUAUUCAGAGACCAACAGAGAAAAGGACUCCACGAAGAUGAUCGAGGCCAUGGAGGGAGCAUUACUGGAUAUAAGGAAGUUGUUUGAACAAAAUUAAAGAGCCUAACUCUACAACGUUCUGUGAAGAACACCGAUGUCUUCUGUUUGUCUGAUUUCCCAUAAAAAUAUCAAAUACUCACGGGCUUGAUCCGAAACACUUGACAAACGCAUCAGCAGCUGCAAAAGUCGAAGUGGAAACCUGCAGAUCAGUUUGUAAAGUUUGUUUUCUGCUAACGUCCGUCUUUCAGUGCCGGCUCCAUAAAUGUGUAACUUUGUGUGUCGUCGAGUUACACUGACUCAGGUUUAUGAAGCUGCGGUUCUUUAUUUCAUUUGCACUGACUCUAUGAUCCUGUUGGCUUUACUGGGAGAGUUUCUGACCAUCACCAGUAUAACCGAACUGGACUCUUGUUCAGCCUGAGUGUGUUUGUAUUCUUCAUCUGUGUUCGUGUGUGUCGGUGUUGUAGCGAUU